AUGAGCAGUGUGGCUAGCGGGAGAUCUGAGACUGAUGUUUUGCAAUCUUCACUAAGUGAGUAUCGGAGGACUAUUGAUCAGAAAGGUUUUCCUCAUCAGGAAGCUUGGGAGUGGUUGAACAACAAAACGAAAUGGGAAUUAGUUACAAAAGCUAGUGACGACUCCCCGCCUCUUUCAAAACAAAUCAAAACAUCUUCUUUCAAUGCAUGCAUAUCAUCUUCCGAUCCACAAUAUCCUCAUGUAUUCUCCCCCAAAAAACAACAGUCGUUUAGUAUUGAAGACUCACCGCCUCAUAGAAGAAGAAAAGGAAAGAAAGUCGCAUCGACAUCAUCAACAGAAAAUGAAAUGUUUUAUCUCAUCAAACAAAUUUUCGGCAUCAAGAUUGCAACCAAAAUAGAGGCGGAACAAAGACAAUGGUACCGAGAAAAAAAUUGUGCAUUUUCGAAGCUGACGAAGAACGGAAAGCUCAAUUAUUGUAUUGGGAGAUAG